UUAUGAAAUCCAAUUUCCAACCACGUUUGUAAAAUUUAUUCAAUUCUUCCAUCACUCAAGAAUUUCGGAUGCAGUAGUUUUAAAUUAUUUUCCCCAAUUAUUUUAGUUAUUUCGUUAAUAUUUCGGCCUUUCCAUCGAUAAAACAUGGUCCAACUCAAGGCGAAAAGACCGGCCGAUAACAAACCGCCGAAAGACAAGUCGAAGAAUAGUAUGCGCGAUGUCCGAAUUAGGAAACUCUGUUUGAAUAUUUGUGUCGGCGAAUCGGGAGAUAGACUGACCCGAGCAGCCAAAGUAUUGGAACAGCUUACUGGCCAACAACCAGUUUUCUCAAAAGCCAGAUACACCGUGAGAUCUUUCGGUAUCAGACGUAACGAAAAAAUCGCCGUACAUUGCACCGUCAGAGGAGCUAAAGCCGAAGAAAUUUUGGAACGUGGCUUAAAGGUCAGAGAAUACGAACUUCGUAAAGACAACUUCUCCGACACUGGAAACUUCGGUUUCGGUAUUCAAGAACACAUUGACUUAGGAAUUAAAUAUGAUCCUAGUAUCGGUAUUUAUGGUUUAGAUUUCUACGUCGUUUUGGGCCGACCAGGUUAUAAUGUAGCUUACCGAAGAAGGAAAACUGGCAAAGUUGGAUACUCCCACAGACUAACGAAAGAAGAUGCCAUGAAAUGGUUCCAACAGAAAUAUGAUGGUAUCAUUUUACCUGGAAAGAAGUAAACAUUGGAGAAAAGAUUUUUACGAGAAAGAUUUGUAAAUGUUCGUUUUUAAUAAAACUAUUGUACCAUC